AUGAAAGAGCAAUAUAUCAAUAGCCAGUUUCAUAAAGUGGAUCGAAAACAUGGGAAGAGGCCACUUCCUGCCGAUGAAUCGGAGGCGAAAGAGGAAGAUCAAAUCUUCCCUGUUUACUCAUCUCGAUCUCAACAAGACACAUCUGUUAUGAUUUCAGCUCUAGCUCAGGUAAUUGGAAAUACUGACCAAACCCCACUUCAACAAGUGCAAGGAAAUCCAUUAAUCACCUCACAAUCCAGCCCUGCAGAAAGCCAAUCUCAACCAGCACUGCAAGAUCAAGGGAAUGUGAGGAGACAACACUAUAGAGGAGUGAGGCAGAGAAAGUGGGGUAAGUGGGCGGCUGAGAUUCGUGAUCCGAUUAGGGCAGCCCGGUUGUGGCUGGGCACUUACGACACGGCUGAGGCUGCUGCACUUGCCUAUGAUAAAGCAGCUCUCAGCUUCAAGGGAAGCAAGGCUAAGCUUAACUUCCCGGAAAGAGUUCAAGAGAGCUCAGAAUUUGGCAACCUCACAAUUACCACUCAACAACACCACAACUUGAACAAUCCAGAAAAUGUUGAACGAGUUCAAGUUACAGACCCUGUGAUUCCCAAUCCUCCUCAUCAGGCUAUUUCUCAACCGACAUAUUCCAAUGUUUUUAAUUAUGCACCAUAUGUUCAAGGUGAAAGUAACAACGUAGAUUAUAAUGUUCAUCAAGUGCUGCCAUCUCAUGAGAAUCACGGACCGCAAAUCUUACCCGCCACAUCUUCUACAUCAUCUUCCAUGCCAUCUCAACAAGAAGAGCUCCGAAGAAUGCAGGUUGGUUCUUCUCGUUUGAGUUCGGAUCUUCCUAAUAAAUAUAGGAAAGACUUUCAAGGCAGUCACUGAAGAUGAUAAUGACGAGGAGAGCAAAACCUGUGUGAACUCGGGUAAUUAUAAGUUUGAUGUGUGUGUGAUAAUGACGAGGAGAGCAAAACCUGUGUGAACUCGGGUAAUUAUAAGUUUGAUGUGUGUGUGAUAAUGACGAGGAGAGCAAAACCUGUGUGAACUCGGGUAAUUAUAAGUUUGAUGUGUGUGUUUUUCUGUUGCUUUAUUUUCGUUAAUUUCUUUCGGGAUUUUUUGCUAUCUACUCAAGUUCAGACCAUCAAAAAGUUGGAAUGAUGGAGGUUAAUUUGACAGAAAUGUCUUCAUGAUAAAAACCAAGUUUCAUUAAGCUAUUAACCAUAUAAAUAAGAUAGCU